CGUGUACUUUGAGCAGACGGUUGUUUACAUCUCGCUAUAUAGUAUUACUACGACAUCAUUGUAUGUUUGUUCUUCUGAUCACCACAUAGGUGACAUCACAACUGGAAGUACCAAAUGUGUUUGCUUGAAUGCUCAUUUACACAACGACCAGAUCAGAGGAGAAUAGCUCGAUAUGGCGUCAGCAUUUAGUGAUCCUUUGGCGCCCUCCCCGUGUGAGCAAUGCGGGAACGCCACCGAAGGCACCAUGAGAUGUUCUGUCCGAGACAGCAAGAACCUCUGCCAAGAUUGCUUCCAAGACAUACCGCAAGCAAGACGAGAAGACAUCGGCGAUCCAGAAUGGGUUUGCGACAUUCACUUAGACCGUAAGGCCGAUAUCUUUUGCGAAACGUGCCAGCGUGGUUGUUGCAACGAAUGCGCAGUCGAUGUUCACCAAGGUCACAAGGUGGUGGAUGUGUUAAAGCUUGGAGAAGAAAUUCGACGCGACCUAACAGAGCAACUGCAAGAGGUCGGCGUGAGGGCAGAGAGGCUGUCAGAACUACGACGGGAUAUUGAAAGUUCCCUAGGAAAAAUUGAAGAAGCCCCUAAACUGGUGAAUAAAGUUGUUGAAGAAAUCAAGGAAGAAAUCGCACAAAACCUGGAGAAAGAAAUUAACAGAAUCCAAUGGGAGGCACAGCUGAAUAUAAUAAAUCAUGAGAGAAAGAGGGACAACAUGCUGAAACUUGUGAAAGAAAAAGCCGAUCUUGAUAUUCAGAGGAUCCAGGAAAUUCAGCAUUGUAUUAGUACCGGUCUUCAAGAAGAUGCAGUAAAGAGGAAUCGUAAGAUACAGAAGGCAGAAUCGAAACUACUGGUCGGUCAACAAGCUUGCGAAAGCGCCAAUCUAGAGAUUAAAUUGUUGCUUGAGUCAACUCCAAAAGAGCUUGCAUGCCGCGGAAGACGACUCGGUAGCUUGGUAGAGGCAUCCUCAGCGUUUCAGUGCCAGAAUGAUAUCCUUGAAUCCUGCAGAGAGGUUGAGGCUGAUCUCCCCAAAUUGGAAGAAGUGAACGAUUUCAAUCUUGGAUGA